CUUUCUUUUUGAUCCUUCCGCUCCGCUGUGCGGAAUUUAUUCAAGAUGCGGUGGUGCCUUGCGUUACUUGUUUGCUGCUUCUUGGCUGCGGUGAAUGCGCUGAGUAGCUCCGGCAGUCGUCUGUUGGCGGUUUUGGAAGACACAGAGCAGAAGAGCGUGUACUCCACGCUGUGGGCUGAUCUAGAAGCCCGUGGCUACGAUGUUUCGAUUGAAUCCCCCAAAAGUGAACAGCUUUCCCUGUUCAAGCACGGCGAAAGAGCUUAUGACCACCUCCUCAUUCUCCCUCCCAAGUCCAAAGGCCUCGGCCCCUCUUUGACCCCCAAGCACAUCCUCGACUUCAUGAACAAGGAUGGCAACAUCCUCCUCGCCCUCUCUGGCAAGUCCUCCACCUCCAGCGCUGUCAGCUCCCUCCUUCUCGAGCUCGACAUUCACCUCGCCAAUGAUCGCUCGGCAGUCGUUGUCGACCACUUCAACUACGAUACCCUCUCGGCCCCCGAGAAGCACGAUGCAUUCUUCGAUGGCGAAGGUGUCCUGGCUCUCCCUCGGGUUGCUCCUCAGACUCUGGGAAGCGACAGCACCCUUCUUGCUCCCAUCCUGAAGGCCCCCGCUACCGCUUACAGCUACAACCCCAAGGAGGAAAUGCCCACAGCGGAGGAUAUUCUGGCCACUGGUUCGCAGUUGAACAUUGUCUCCGCUAUGCAGGCUCGUAAUUCGGCCCGUUUCACCGUUCUCGGCUCGGUGGAAGCCCUUGAGGACAAGUGGUUCUCGGCCUCCGUCAAGACACCCAGCGGCGAGAAGACCACCACUGUGAACCGUGAGUUCGCUAAGCAGUUGACCGGCUGGGCUUUCAAGGAGACUGGUGUCCUCAAGGUCGACAAGGUUGAACACCACCUGGCCACGGAGGGUGCCGAGUUGAACCCCUCCAUCUACCGUAUCAAGAACGAGACUGUUUACAACAUUGAAGUCUCCGAGUACGUCUUCGACAAGUGGGUUCCCUUUGAGGUUCCCGGCGAAGACGAGCUCCAGCUCGAGUUCACCAUGCUCUCGCCUUUCCACCGUCUGAAUCUCCAGCCUAUCAGCCGCACGGAAACCGGCACCGUAUUCGGCACCAAGUUCGUGACUCCCGAUCAGCACGGCAUUUUCUCUUUCCGCGUGAACUACAAGCGUCCUUUCUUCACCAACAUCGAGGAGAAGCUCGAGGUCACUGUUCGCCACUUCGCCCACGAUGAGUACCCACGUAGUUGGGCCAUCAGUGGCGGCUGGGUCUGGAUCGCCGGUCUUUGGUCGGUUAUUGGUGGAUUCCUGGCCUUCGUUGUUGUUUGGCUUUACUCUGCCCCUGUUGCCGAGAAGCUUAAGAAGACACAGUAG